AUGGCAUAUUUAAAUUAUAUACCUCCUUAUAGUAAAUCAAUAUAUGAUGACAGUAGAUGUAGAUAUUUGUAUUAUUGGAUAUACCACGAUUUAUUAGAGAAGAAUAAAAGUUAUGAUGAUGCGUUUAAUGUGUACAGUAUCUUCCUGACAACAUAUCUUGAUAAGGAUGGAGAAGAUUCCCAUAUAUGCCAAAAAUAUACGGAGGAGAGUAAGAAAAUAACAAUUGAAAAAACGGCUAAACUAAUAGAACUGUAUGAGACAUUCAAUAAUAAUAACAAUGCAUUCACCUGUGAGUGUGCAAAAAAAUGUUCAGAGUUAUAUUAUAAGUAUGUACAAGAAUGUCCUAAUGAUAAUGACUAUGAUUUCUGUAGAAAACUAGAGGAUUUUAAAAGUAAAUAUGAUAGUCGUAUGGCAUCAUUUGUUAAAUGUACAGAUGUACCAAAUAAAUUACCACCAGCUUUAAAAAAUAAUAUUCAUAUUGCUAUAAUUCCAAUGAUCACACUAACAGCAUUGACCUUUUUUAUUUGCACUGUACAAGAUUAUACUUAUUAUUACAUAUUUUACAAAAAUUAUAAUUAUAAACAUUAUACAUUUAUAGUUCAUAUUAUUUAUCUGAACAAUAGUUUACUCCAAUUGGAUUACGAAUAA